ACAAAAUACAAAUAUAUUUGCUACAAAAAUACAUUCUACGUUCGGGUUUUGAGGUCAUAAUGGAUUUUUGCUUUGAAGAGUUUCCAUCCACCUCCCAUGGAGAACAUGAAGUAUCCAGGAUGUCAGAAGGCGCAGGAUUUGAUUCAUCGAGAGAAGAAUCCUCAACCAGCAACACGACGGAGAUGCAAGAGCAGCAGUGCCAUUACAGCUCAAGCACAGGGAACAUCAGCAGACGAGCGCAGGAACUGGUGGAAAAAAUUAACCAGAACCGCACAAGCGACCAGCAAGUGAUGGACAGCUUUCACGAGAAGUUACAAGAGAAGGUGACAGAGGUGUGCCAGAAGAUGAGGGAGGACAUGUACAAAGUCUACGAGAAGAACAGCGAUGAUAUGCAGGGGAAGAUCCAGGAGCUUUUCGAGGUUCUGGAUAGCUGCGCUAAGCUCAACCAAGAGCUCCUGGAGGCCGUCCAGGCUCUGGCGUCUCUCCGAGAGGGUCUGGCUAUAACCCAAAUGUCAGAACCAUAACUUACUCUCCUUGUUCAUGCUAAGGACUAGAUUCGUGUUUUCAGGUCCAAAUGUUGCUGCAGUUAUUGUUCUGUUUCGUUUUGGUUCUUUGUCUAAAGGAUCCUUCAUUUGACUUCAGUGUAAAACUGCAAACGUUCAUGUUUUUUUCACAAUGUUUUAAAAUAGAUUGAAAAUAAACAACUUCAGUAACAAA